AUGGCGUAUCAGACCAGAUGCGGGCCUGGUCCGUACGUGGGCUGCUUGGCAUUGGCAGCAUUGUGGUCGAUCGUGGCCGUCCGAGCCGAUGUUCCGUCCGUGACCACCGACAUGGCGGGCAACCUGCACAUUGCCUCGCCGCAGGAUGUGAACGUGACAGCUGAAACAGUCUACGUCAACGGCAAUCCACGUGUCAUCACGGCCGCCGCUGCAUGGAAUGCCAUGGUGGAAGCCGACCCUUUUUUGCUCUGGCAAAGCCCGGCCACGGAGAUUGUGGCGCGCGAUCUCUCGGAACCCACCGCUGUACACGUGGCAGACCUGGACAAUGAUGGCUGGCCCGAUGUGAUCGCAGCCUGCCCCGUCUCACGGCAGCUCGUGUGGUAUCGCAACCUUGGGACCAGGAAAUUUGGCCCCGCCAUCGAGGUCGCCUUGAACCUCACCACCCCCAGUGCCGUGUAUGCUGCCGACCUGGAUCAGGAUGGUUGGGUCGACCUGCUCAGCGCCAGCGAGGUCGAUGGCCACGUGCUGUUUCACAAAAACAACGGCGACGCUGGUUUUGCCGUCCCACUCGUCUUGAGCAUGAGCGCCAUCGGUGGUCACUCCAUCACCGUCGCCGACCUCGACCAGGAUCAGCACCUGGACGUCUUGGUGGCAGGGGGAUCGAACAACACCGUGGCCUGGUUUGCCAACCGGGGCGACGGCACCUUUGCGGCCCCCUCUUUCCUGCCCGUAACCAAUGCCGCAUGUGUCGUAGCGGUUGACGUCGAUGGCAAUGGCGCACUUGACGUGGUGGUUGGGUCUAGCUCAAUCGGUGCCCGGUGGUUUCCCAAUCAUGGCAACGGCAGCUUUGCCAGCCCCAUUGCCAUCACAGCAAACAGUGCGGUCCAACAACUCGCCACGGGUGACCUGGACGCAGACGGUCACGAGGACCUGGCACUCCUGCUGCCCGAUGAGGAAGCCGUUGUCUGGUACCGCAACUUGGGCAACGGAUCUUUUGCGGCCACCCCUCGCACUAUAACCGAUGGUCUGUAUGAAGGGACUGAUCUGUUGCUAGUUGACGUCAAUGCCGACGACCACCUGGAUGUUGUCGUGGCCUCAUCCUCGGAAGGCACUGUCAGCUGGUUUCGCAACAGCCACGCUGCCGCCGGGGCGGCCUUUAGCUCGGCCAUGCUUGUGGCCGCCUACGAUGAAUACCUAGGCCUCGCCACAGGUGACCUCGAUCAAGACGGUCACAUUGACAUUCUAUCUGUCAGCGCCUCAUCCAUUCCCGUCGCCUGGUAUCGCAACAUUGACUGGAAUCUACUGUAG